GGAGCCACGUAAGUGACGCGCCUGUCUGUCAGCCGAGCCGUAGAACAAGAUGGCGGACUCCUUAGCAGCGGCUCAGGGAGAGGAGAACGAACCGGAGAAAGAAGGCAAGGAGAGACGGAUGGAGGGAGGUAGUGAGAGCCGGGGGUCGAAGGAGACCUCCGAGGUGACGGAGACGCUGGGGUUUUACGACAAGAAGAAAGUCCAGAAGGACAAGAAACGGAGUCUGUCUGAUCUGUCCCUAGCGAGGUUCAUGGGGGCGGAGCUGACCCGAGGAUACUUCCUGGAACACAAUGAGGCUAAAUACACAGAGAGACGAGAGAGGGUCUAUACCUGCCUCCGGAUCCCCAAGGAACUAGAGAAGUUGAUGCUGUUUGGGUUCUUCCUGUGUCUGGAUGCCUUCCUGUACGUGUUCACCCUGCUGCCUCUCAGAGUUCUACUGGCCCUCGUCCACCUACUGACCCUACCCUGCUGUGGUCUGAGUGGGUCUCCUCUCCUCCAGCCCAGGUCUGUGAUCUCCACAGUGGGUCUCACCUGUCCUGUACCUGCCCAGACUGCCUUCAACUCUCACAACAAGUCUCUACUCACCAUCAUGAUGUCAAACAACUUCGUGGAGAUCAAAGGAAGUGUGUUUAAGAAGUUUGAGAAGAACAACCUCUUUCAGAUGUCUAACAGUGAUAUAAAGGAGAGGUUCACUAACUAUGUUCUGUUACUCAUUGUCUGUCUACGGAACAUGGAGCAGUUCUCAUGGAAUCCUGACCACCUGUGGGUGCUGUUUCCUGACGUCGUCAUGGUGAUAGCGUCUGAGGUUACCGUGGAUGUCGUCAAGCACGCCUUCAUCACCAAGUUUAACGACAUCACUGCAGACGUCUACGGGGAGUACCGCGCCAGCCUGGCGUUUGACCUCGUCAGCAGCAGACAGAAAAACGCCUAUACAGACUACAGUGACUCAGUCUCCAGGAGAAUGGGCUUCAUUCCACUGCCUUUAGCUCUGCUGUUGAUCAGGGUGGUGACCAGCUCAGUGAAGAUCCAGGGAUCUCUCUCCUUCAUGUGUGUUCUUCUCUUCUACCUGGGGAUGAUCUCUCUGAAGGUACUGAACAGUAUCGUGUUGCUGGGAACGUCCUGUGUGUUCGUAAAAGCCAAUAUGGAGGAGAAGCUGUUCCAGUCUCCCCCUCUGCUGCCUCCAGCCGCUCCAACUCUAGAGCACACAGACCCAGAACCGAUUAAAUAA